AUGUCUGAUUAUCCUAAACGUAAAGCAUAUAAUGAACGUUAUCCUAUGCAAUUUGAUGAAAAUGGAAAAGCUGUUAAACAAUACAUUGGAGAAGGUGAAAAUGGUCCAAUUAAUUCAUACCGUCAUAAUCCAUAUUCUUAUUUCAAUGAAGAAUUAAAUGCUAUUGAAGAGGGACCGGAUGGAUUACCACGAUAUUCUAACCAGUUUGAUGGUCAAUAUGCAAAUAUUAGACCUGAAAUUUCAGCUAAGAAAUUCUUUAAAGUUGCUUUAUUCGAUCCAGUUUUCGCAAAUGUUAAAGAUGAACUUAAACAACAAUUCCAACCAAUUAUAGUAGCAAGAAUUACAUCGGGUGCUUUAUCUCAAGCAUUCAAAGAUUUAAUUAAGAAACCAUUAUAUCAGCAACGAGGUUUAACUUAUGAUUUAGUUAAGGAAUCAGAUAAAAGAAAAUUUGAGAAAUCAGAUGAUUAUAAGAAUGCAAUUAAUGAAUAUAUUAGGUCUAUUAAUUACAAUGAAACAGCUAAAAAUCAACUUCAUGAACAAAUACAGGGAAUAAUAGAUUCAAAAGUUCCAGCAAAAUAA